AUGAUAUCAUCUAAUAAUGUUGUUUAUGAUACAGCACAAGAUAUUUUUUAUAUAAAUCAUCAUAUUGAAAUUAUAAAAAAUGAAACAGCUAUCCUUCAUAAUACAAUCAAUGAUGCUUUAUUAAAUGUUGAUGGAGCACUGUCAAAUGUUCGUUUACAGACAAAAGUUGUUGUAUCAGAAGUUUCAGAUACAGCUAAAAAUUUACCACGUUCCUCAACUUAUUUAAUAAUUUUAUUUAUCAUUGAAGCUAUAAUAAUUAUAUUUGCAUUGUGGUUAAUAUAUCUUAUAUUUAAAGUAUGGAAAAAUUUACCACAACGACAAAUGAAAAUUGAAAAAAUUAUAAAAAAAGAAAAAUUUAUUCAUAAUAAACCAUAUGUAUUGUUACCGAUGAUUCCACCUCCACAAUAUUAUGAUGACAAUGUAUUAGAAUAUAUUGACACUUCUAUUUUAGAUGACACAAAAAAAGAUUAUUACUUUAAAUAA